AUCAUUUCCUGCAAGAUACACAACCCCUCAUUUUACAUGUAUGCGCGGGCAUGCGUCCUACAUAGAGAGAGGAAGGCGGCGAGCGGCAGAUCACUCAGGUCUGGAGGUUAGAGGAGGCUGGUGCCAUCGGGUUGGGUGAAAAAAAAGCCUCGCAGGUCUUGGAGGCCGAAGCUCUCAGAUGCAGAUGUUUGAGUCAGUGUGAGGCAGAGUUUUGAGUGAGAGUGCAGUGUACCUGGGCUGAGGGCCACCCCCGACGGGCUCAAAGGAGAGAAAAGAGACGGGAGAGAAGCCAUUUGGAGAAAAGCAGGCGAUGGAAAACCUGCCCGUCUACCACGGGCCCAUCGGGAAGGAGGAGGGCGAGAGGCGGCUGGGCCAGGACGGGCGAGACGGGAGCUACCUUCUCCGCAACAGCGACUCUGUGCCGGGCGUCUUCUGCCUGUGUGUGCUGUAUAAAGGAUUCGUCUACACCUACAGACUCCGCAAGGACGACGCAGGCUCCUGGGCUGCAGAAACCACUCCAGGCGUGCAGAAGCGUUAUUUCCGGAAAAUCAAGAACUUGAUAGCAGCCUUCCAGAAGCCCGGGCAAGGCCUCGCCAUCCCACUGCUGUACCCCGUCACGGCUCAGAGACGGGCCAGCUGCAGCGCAGACCCAGAGACGCCCGCCGAGGGCCUGUCGGUGACGCGCAGGAGCCCCCACCUCCAGCAGAGGACGGGCCACGGGGCCCAGGAACAGAUAAGCAAGUGGUCGAAGGAAGCACGGCAAGCUUUUGGUUAAGGGAGAGCCCCGCUCCUCCACUCUGAUGCAUAAUUACGAACAAUUCCGCCUAUGCAUGAUCCCUGCUGCUGCAUUUUGCAUACUGCGAGAAGGAAGUGUCUUUUCUUUUUCUACUGUGACUCAGAUCUCCCUGUUCUUCCACUUUCUUUUUUUUUUUUUUGCAUAUGCAGCACAGAAAAAGGCUCCAUCACUUUUCAGUGACGUGAUGUAAGAUAUUGAACUGUUGAAAUAUUAAUAUCUAUUACUGCAUACAUAAGUUGACAGCAAAUAUUGUGCUCUCUUCUCCUAAUGCAAUAGAGCUGUGUGAGUGGUAAAGAAAAUAAAUGAUACUGGC